GAUUGCAACUCCUGCUGCUCGUUCUUUCCAGAUCAUUCGCCCCGCUCGGUGACGAGAACGAGAGCAGGGCGACCUCGGACUUGUUGGGCUUCUACCGCAAGAGCUACGAGAACAUCGAUCAGACGCUCAGCAGGUUCGAGGUCACACGACGACGAGCAGCGGCUCUUGGAGGAUUUCAGAUGGGACCACAGGGCUACGCUUGGAUGCUGAUGACGGCCCUGGGCUGCAGCCCUGCGGAGUGGACUGAGUUGCCGAUCCACUUCAGAGGCCACUUGCCGAGGGCAGAGCAGCAGUUCGCGGAGCUAGUGGAAUACAUUCGACGCUACGGACAUGUUCUGGAGAAGGGACCGAUGUCGGUGAAUCGAAGCAGCAAGGGCAAGGGCCACAGCCAGUUCUUCUUUCCGACGUUCAACUUCGGCGGCGGCAAUGGACAUCAAGCCUACUACGGCAACGAGUACGACGAGAACGACACGGACACUGAUGACGACGACGGAGAGGACCUGGACGGCUCAGAUUUCCCUGGACAGAUCGGCCAAGACGACGCGGUCAUCCAGCAGUACCUCUACCAGAACUACGUCUUUCAUAAGAAGCGCUGGCGACGGUUUACAGGCAGACCUACGAGAUUCCACAGGUUCGGUAAAGGUAAGGGCGGCAAAGGAUCUCUGAUCCCGUUUCGUGGAGGUGGAGCUUUUGGUCAACGUGGACAAGGUAAGGGCUACCACUUCGAAGGAAAAGGGCGACGCAAUCCUACCGGACGCGACGGCAAUGUCACGAAGUGCCUCGCGAAGGGCUGCGAGAGCGAAUUCCACCUGAUCAAAGAUUGCCCCCGCCGACAAGGCAAAGGGCAAGUAAAAAGCAAUGUCGUCACGAAUGGACCUCGACCGGCGUCGGCAGCCUCGGCGGCGGCGCCAUGGUUCGGAUUCAACAACACGUCAGCUGCAGCGACGGCAUCGACGACAAGCAGCUCGGCCUACGGUUCCGGAUCGGUGAGCUUCUUUGCCACAGAGACACCCAAGAACGACAAUGAGCAGAAGGCGAGCGCGAGCGUGGAGGUCUCGCGCGGCUUCGCCGGCGUGGUGAUAGCGCCAGUGCAGCCGAAGGCCAUCGAGGACAAGGCCCCUGAGCGGAUUGGACCGAGACCGAUGACGGAUAGCAUGGAGCCUCCAACUACAGGGUGGGCAUUGUCCUCGAGCGACGGACCCUACUUCCCGAUGCUACCGACCUUGGGAACCACCAAGUUCGGGGAGAUCACGGACAUGCCAUCGGGGCCCACGUUUGGAAUCGGACGUAUCUUGGUACUUUCAUCGACGGUGGCCCCAAAGGACGAGGACGGAGAUAGAGUAACGGAGCCACAGACCGCUGAAGUUCCUCUCCCGAAGGCGACGACGGGAACACCGGCGAAGACACCUCGGAUGGUAUCGGAGAUACUCGGCAUCAAGAAGGCAGACGAGAAGCAGGACUCGGCGGCGAGCUGGGAUAAGGUAUCGAGCGUGCCCGAGCAGCAGGUGGACUUGUCAUCCUUCGACCUCGACUCCGAGAGCUACUUUCAGCCUGGACAUCCUCGUGAACGCGAGCGCCCAGAACUCCCGAGAGGAGCGGGCGAGGUCGCUGACGAACACACCGAACAUGACGGACAACGCGAAGAAGUUAGAGAGGACAACGACGGCCAGCAGAUCCCUCAAUACAUGCACACAGGCGGAGUGGACUUUAGCGAUGAUCGUAGAGACUUCACUGGAGUGGUCUGGACCCUCGGGGGGGACCGCGAGGAGACCUUCCUGGGACGCGAGCGCGCCCGGCUUGAUGGCGGCGAGAUGGGCGCCCUCGUGGGCCCGGGAGCGCGCGGCAACCUCGUUGGAGAACGCUGGGCACGACAACAAGCGGAGAAAGCCAAGCAAUGCCAAUGCGACACGGAGAAGACCGACCUGCGAGGACCCCUGGAAGUCAAUGGAGUUGGAAAAGGACCCGGCCACUGCCAUCAGCAGUGGAAAGUCCCCAUCGGCACGCAGGAAAUCUAUCAGGAGGGCGAUGGCAGCGGCAACCUGGACACGCACACGGCACCCAUCAUUCCUGGAAGCGAUGUUCCUGCGCUGCUGGGCAACAGUUCACUACAGAAGCUCGAUGCAAUCUUGGA